GUUUCCAUGGUAACCGCAGACGCGGAAGUCAUAUAGCAAAGUUGACCAAACGCUCCAAAACAACAACAACGUAAUGUACCGAAGGAGACGGAAACUUUGACAAUCGCACACAUUCGACGCUUAUCAACACAACUUUAACUGUACUUUGUUGUGUACUUUCGGUUUGUAAAUGAGCGUUAAGUGAAUGUCGACGUUCGCCAUGGCGGAUGCGAAUGACGCCAUCAUGCCGGACACCGAGGACGACGACGCUGACGAAGAGUCUUGUAACUUCUCUGCUGACGAAGAGGAGGCCUCCGAUGAGAUCCCAGCAUCACUUGUCAGCUACUUUGAGGCGUCCAGAAGACGACUGGAGGCUUGCGAGAAGAUCAUCCUGGAGGACCUUCAAGGUGUGACCACAUCAGCGAGCAAUGAUUGGACAACAAAACAAGCAGCGUUUGCUGUGGAUGACGAGGACAAGCAGAAACCUGCUAACCCUGACCCAGUCCUCCAUGCAGACCAAGAUCUGCUUUCUCCUGACAGCCAAGGUGAAUGUGGGGCAGAAGAGUGUGAUAACUUCCUGUGGGAUGAGGAGGGAGAGAGCGUGUCCGACGACCAGCAGGAUGGAGGAGGUAGAACGCUCCAGGUGGAGGUGGAGAGAAGCAGACGGAGAGAACAAGAAUUUGAGGAGGAGCUGAAAAGGAUGAUGGAAGUUGAGAAGCUGCGGCAGAAGGAAGUAGACUUGAUGGAGAAGAAGGCUCAGGAAGAACUGGAGCAGGAAUUCCAGCUGCAACAGGAGCUGGUCAAUGACAUGAAGCGACGAGUGGAGGAAGAAGUGAAGAUGAGGAAGGAGGAGCAGAAGAGGCUGAUAGAAAGAAAGGAAGAUGAUGGAAAAAGAAAGAUGAAGAAAGACGGAAAGAGAAAUAAAGGGGAGGAAGAAGAGAGGAGGAAAGAGGAAGAGUCGGAGCAAAUGGAGCAAGAUGAAAAGAGGCAGAGGGAGGAAGAAUAUGUGAGGUGGGAGACGGGGAGGAAGAUGAAGGAAGAAGUGAGGAGGAUGAGAGAAGUAGAGGAAAACAAAAAAAAGAAGAAAGAGGAAGAAGAAGAGAGGAGGACGGAGGCUGUGAGGAAACAGAUGGAGGAAGAAGUGGGGAGGACAAGAGAAGAAGAGAAAAAGAACAGGAAGAAGGAGGAAGAAGAGGAACAGAAACUGAUGGAGGAAGAAGUGAAGAUGAUGAGACAAGAAGAGAAAAAGAAGCAGAAAGAGGAGGAAGAAGUAAUGAGAAGAGAAGAAGAGAAAAAGAAGAGGAAGAAGGAUGAAAAAGAGGAGAGGAAACAGAUGGAGGAAGAAGUAAGAAGGAGAGAAGAAGAGAAACAUAAGAGGGAGAAGGAGGAAGAAGAGGAGAGGAAACUGAUGGAGGAAGAAGUAAUGAGAAGGAGAGAAGAAGAGAAAAAGAAGAGGAAUAACGAGGAAGAAGAGGAGAGGAAACUGAUGGAGGAAGAAGUAAUGAGAAGGAGUGAAGAGAAAAAGAAGAGGAAGAAGGAGGAAGAAGAGGAAAGGAAACUGAUGGAAGAAGAAGUAAUGAGAAGGAGACAAGAAGAGAAAAAUAAGAGAAAGAAGGAGGAAGAAGAGGAAAGGAAACUGAUGGAGGAAGAACUGAGGAGGAGACAAGAAGAGAAAAAGAAGAAGAAAGAGGAGGAAGAAGAGGAGAGGAAACUAAUGCAGGAAGACGCAAUGAGAAGGAGAGAAGAAGAGAAAAAUAAGAGGAAGGAGGAGGAAGAAGAGGAAAGGAAACUAAUGGAGGAAGAACUGAGGAGGAGACAAGAAGAGAAAAGGAAGACAAAAGAGGAGGAAGAAGAGGAGAGGAAACUGAAGGAGGAAGAAGUAAUGAGAAGGAGAGAAGAAAAGAAAAAGCAGAGGAAGAAUGUGGAAGAAGAGGAGAGGAAACUGAUGGAGGAAGAAGUGAGGAGGAUGACAGAAAAAGAUAAAAAGAAGAGGAAGAAGGAGGAAGAAAAGGUGAGGAAACUGAUGGAGGAAGAAGUACUGAGAAGGAGAGAAGACAAGAAAAAGAAGAGGAAGAAUGUGGAAGAAGAGGAGAGGAAACUGAUGGAGGAAGAAGUGAGGAGGAUGACAGAAGAAGAGAAAAAGAAUAGCAAGAAGGAGGAAGAAGAGGAGAGGAAACUGAUGGAGGAAGAAGUGAGGACGAUGAGAGAAGAAGAAAAAAAGAAGAGGAAGGAGGAAGAUGAGGAAAGGAAACUAAUGGAGGAAAAAGUGAGGAGGACGAGAGAAGGAGAGAAAGAGAAGAGGAAGGAGGAGAAUGAAGAGGAGAGGAAACUGAUGGAGGAAGAAGUGAGGAGGAUGAGAGAAGAAGAGAAAAAGAAGACGAAGAAGGAGGAAGAAGAGGAGAGGAAACUGAUGGAGGAAGAAGUGACAAGGACGAGAGAAGGAGAGAAAGAGAAGAGGAAUGAGGAGGAAGAAGAGAGGAAACUGAUGGAGGAAGAAGUGAUGAGGAUAAGAGAAGAAGAGGAGAAGAAGAGGAAGAAGGAGGAAGAAGACGAGUGGAGGAAAGAGACAAAGAGAAAACAGAUGGAGGAAGAGAGAUGGAAAACGAAAGAGGAGAGGAAGUGUAUAGAGGACAAAGAGAGGAAGAAAGAAAACAGCAAAGUGGAGGAAAAUGAAAUAAAGAGGAGGGAGGUGGUGAUGAUGCAAAUGGAGGAAGAUGUGAGCAAGAAGAUGGAAGAAGAGAGGAGGAAAGAGGCAGCAAAAAAACUGAAAGAAGAAGAGUUGAUGAGGAAGAAGGAGAAAGACGACAAGAGGAUAGAAGAAGAAAGGCAGCAAAAGGAGGAAGAUGUGGCAAGAAAGAAGGAGGAAGAGGAGAAGACAUGGCAAAAGGCAGGAAGAACGAAGGUGGAAGAGAAGGAGAUGAAGAAGAUGACUGAAGAGAAAGAAGAAGGGGAUAAGAGGAGUGAUGAAGAUCUGAGGAGUGAGGAAGAUGAGAGGAUGAAGGACAAACAGGAGAAGAUGAUAGAGAAGGAGGAAGAGGACGUGAUGAAACAGGAUGAAGAGACAAGGACAAGAAGGAACGAGGAGGAGAAGAGAAGCAGCAUAAGCAGGAAGUGUGAACAGAGGAUAGAGGAAGAAGAUGGGGGUGGGACCGAGAUGGAGGAGGAAGAGGAACUAGCCGUGAAGGAUGAAGGGAUGAUGGCUAGGAGGGAUGAGAAGAUGGACGAACGGAUAAAGAAAGAGAAGGAUGGAUGUGGAAGAAGAACAAGUGGACAGAAAAACCCCAAAGAAGAAGUGAAGGAGGAAGGAGAGGAGAUUUUCAAGAUAGAGACACAUGAAGAAGAGGAGAGAAGACAAGAUGAGCAGAGGAUGAAAGACAACUCAGCAGCACCUUCACGUCCUCCACCUGACAACAACACCCGUCACAAAUCCUCCUCCUUUUCCCAGAACCUGGCGCAGAGGAGGCGGUCCUGGAUGGAGAACUGCGUCUUCUGGGCAGAACUGUCCGUGCAGAACAGGAGCAGGUCCACAGGUCCCGUCGGAACCAGGAGAGAGUUCAGGAGGUACACGGAGACCAGCGUGCUUCCUCCGCUUUGUCCAAGCAUCCUGAAGCAGGCCACAGGCAGGAGAUCCCUGCAGGAGGUGACCACGUUGUUUCUGGAGGACUUGCCCGGCUGCAGCUUGUCCACGCUGGCUGAGUGUGUGCGGCUGCAGUCUCUCACCCUCAGACGAUGCGGCCUGACUGUUCUCGACAGCAUUAACCAGCUCACAGAGCUCCGCUACGUCGACGUACAGCAAAACGACAUCUGGCGGGUGGACUGCGAGAAUAUGAGCGACCUGCGAGCCCUGAAGCUGGGCCGCAACAAGCUGACAUCCAUUCACGGACUAAGUGGAGCAGAAAACCUGGACCUUCUAGAGCUGUCCCACAACGCCAUCACACGUGUCGCUGGUCUGGGUUCUUUAAGGAGACUCCAGAGGUUGUCUUUGGAUCACAACCAGCUCAUUAGCACCAAAGGGCUGAAGGACGUUUGCACCCUCCUGCACUUGGACUGCUCACACAACCACCUGGCCAGUGUGGAAGGUCUGGACGGCAACCUUCUGCUCACCACGCUGGACUUGACCGGCAACAGCCUGACUGAGCCGCCAGCACUGUACGACCACGUCCUCCUGCAAGAGCUCCGUCUGGAUGACAACAGCAUCUCGUCCCUGCGGGGCCUCGCCGCCUGCUGGCUGCCUCUCCUGCAGACGCUCAGCGUGGCCCGAAACAGGCUCACACACCUGCCCCACAUGUCUGCUGCUGUGUCCCUCUCCAACCUCGACCUGCGCUACAACUGCCUUUCAGAUUUGAAGGAGGUGUGCCAGAGCCUGGAGGGAAGUCCUUCCCUGAAGGAAAUCCACCUCAUGGGGAAUCCUCUCCAGCAGGAGAGCAGUUGGAGAUCAACUCUGCAGAGAACUAUUUCUGGCCUGAGGACCAUCGAUGGUACGGAUACCGACUUCACUCAUGAUGAUGUUGCUAGGCAGACUAGCCAAUCCUCGGACAGCUUCCUCAAGUUCAUCCACCAGCAACUUCAGCAGACUCGCGAUUUAAAGCUGGAGCACAGAGAGGAACUCAGCAAAGCCUUGAACCCGCUGGACGUCAUAAAAGUGACCUGCCGACACUUUGCCGAAACAUUGCGUCUGGCCAAGGACCACCGGCGUGCCCACGAGUGCGCCGACAUCGGCGACGGCGAGCAAAAAGCUGCUGGUCUUUUCGUUGCUGAGCGAGUCUGCGACGUAUUCUGCCAUGACACUUCACCAGAGCAGGAGGUGUCCCCGUGUUGUGAGGUUGAGACCCCGGCAACAGACGGGAAGUUCACCUGUCAAGACGUCAGCCCCAAAAGCGCUGACGCUGGACUGGCUUUUACAUCUGAGGACGGAGGAGGAAAAAACAAGUGUGGUUCUUCUUCUUCGCAUGUCACCAAACGCCAUGCAGCUGCCAUCAUCCAGGCACACUGGAGGGGCUUCACGUUGAGGAGGAGGCUUGCGUCCGCUCUCGCUGCCGUCGCGCCGCCCGACACAGGACAGGAGGACAUCUUUGAAGUGGUGGACCUGGACGACUUUGUUGUCGAUGAGGCAACGCUGGAGCAAGGAUGGACCUUGCCGCUUGGUGACGAGAUUCCUACUGGAUGUUCGUCAGUGCCGAAGCACCAGCUUCCGGGCUCCUACCAUGGACAUUCCCAGCUCGUUCUCCCACCUCUGCCUGUGCGGGGACCGACACAAGCCUGGGAGGUCAAGGACCAGGAUGACUCCACGUGCAAGACCGUGUCAGCACAGAGAAACAAAUCUGUGGCGAGUGGCCUCUCUGAAAGAUCAGAGGACUUCCUGGAGGAAUGGGGCUUCACCAACAGGCGCACAGCCGAGCUGAUGCUGAGAAGAGCCCAGAGGAUGCAGUCCAAGAAGAAAAGCUCAGGUCCACCAGUGCACGUGGUGGCUUGCAGGAACGCACCACUGACCACCUACCAGCUGGGUCCGCUAGAGGGACUACGCGGUACUGAUGGUACCAAAGUUCUCCAAGCUGAGGUGUGCUUGCGGCGAGCGAGGCAAAACCGGACUCAGGAGUGGCUCCGAAACCAGGACACCUUGAGGAGCUCGGGAAGUGAGCAUUUCUUACCUGACAUCGGUUCCGACGUGUUGAGUGGCGGCCGUCCUCAACGUGCAGCAGAACCAGGCCAUGCAGAACAUCGGCAUCACACCAGUGGCAUUUGGGCCGCCAACUGCUUAUUAGUCCAAACAAGUAGAGAAAACGACUGUGAUCGACAAAACACUCUUGUGACAAAACAAGAUGUUCCACAUCCCAGUCGGGUUCUGUCUGCUUCUCGGAGGAAAGAACGCAUCUCCUUUCGGGACGAGACGGUCAGGUGGAGCGCGGGCUGGGGCGGGGGGAAGAAAAGGGACAAAGUCAAACACACACAUACCUGAAAGAAAAAAAAAACUGUAUCCAAGAGCAAUAAAACCUUGGCUGAUGGCGCUGUUAUGAUGAGACGCCAUCAUAUUUUAGGACAUCUUCUCAUGUCCUGUCCUCUCACCUCCAGCUGAUCUUCACGCACUCACACCGAGUAUCAUCUAGUGACACAUGACACACUUUAGUGUGAAUUCUUUAGACUUAGACUUAGAUAAACUUUAAUGAUCCACAAGGGAAAUUGUUCCACACAGUAGCUCAGUUACAAUGAUGGAAAGUGUAAGGAUGGAAAGGACAAUGCAGGUACACUGCAAAAGUCAGUGUUCAAAAAUAAGGAAAACAAUACAAAAAUUAGGGGUAUUUUAUUUGAACUAAGCAAAAUUAUCUGCCAAUAGAACAAGAAAAUUCGGCUUGUCAAGACUUUCCAAAAAAAGUAAAAUUAGCUCACCUCAAUGAACCCAAAACCACCUUAAAAUAAGUACAUUCUCACUAAUAACAAGUGCACUUUUCUUGGUAGGAAAAAAAAAGACCUUUUUGAUUAAUAUGGUGAAAAAUAUUCUUAAAUCAAGUAAAUGCUAGUGCCAUUAUCUUGACACAAUAAUAUGAUAUCAUGAUUUUGUUUUCAUGCUUGAAGUAAGACAUUAUUACCGUAUUUUUCGGAUUAUAAGUAUACGUGGCACCGGCCGAAAAUGCAUAAUAAAGAAGGAAAAAAACAUAUAUACGUCGCACUGGAGUAUAAGUCGCAUUUUUGGGGGAAAUUUAUUUGAUAAAAUCCAACACCAAGAAUAGAUAUUUGAAAGGCAAUUUAAAAUAAAUAAAGAAUAGCGAACAGCAGGCUGAAUAAGUGUACGUCACCAACCUUUUUGAAACAAAGAGCUAUUUCUUGGGUACUGAUUAAUGCGAAGGGCUACCAGUUGGAUACACAUUUAAAUAAAUUGCCAGAAAUAGCCAAUUUGCUCAAUUUACCUUUAACUCUAUGUUAUUAUUAAUAAUUAAUGAUAUUUAUCUUUGUGGGAAAACUGAUCAUCUUAAUGAUUUCUCACAAUAAAUAUAUUUUUUUGAUGACAUGUUUUAAAUAGGUUAAAAUCCAAUGCGCACUUUGUUAGAAUAUAUAACAAAUUGGACCAAGCUAUAUUUCUAACAAAGACAAAUCAUUAUUUCUUCUAGAUUUUCCAGAAAAUCUUUUUUUUAAAUAAAUUCAAAAGACUUUGAAAUAAGAUUUAAAUUUGAUUUUACAGAUUUUUUAGAUUUGCCAGAAUAUUUUUUUCGAAUUUUUAUCAUAAUAUGUUUGAAGAAAUAUUUCACAAAUAUUCUCCGUCGAAAAAACAGAAGCUAAAUUUAAGAAUUAAAUUAAAAUGUAUUUAUUAUUCUUUACAAUGAAAAAAAUACAUUUACUUGAACAUUGAUUUAAAUUGUCGGGUAAGAAGAGGAAGGAAUUUAAAAGGUAAAAAGGUAUAUGUGUUUAAAAAUCCUAAAAUAAUUUUUACGGUUGUAUUUUUUCUCUAAAAUUGUCUUUCUGAAAGUUAUAAGAAGCAAAGUAAAAAAAAUAAAUGAAUUUAUUUAAACAAGUGAAGGCCAAGUCUUUAAAACAUUUUCUUGGAUUUUCAAAUUCCAUUUGAGUUUUGUCUCUCUUAGAAUUAAAAAUGUCGAGCAAAGCGAGACCAGCUUGCUAGUAAAUAAAUACAAUUUUAAAAAUAGAGGCAGCACACUGGUAAGUGCUGCUAUUUGAGUUAUUUUUAGAACAGGCCAGCGGGAGACUCAUCUGGUCCUUACGGGCUACCUGGUGACCCCUGCUGUACGUUAUAUGACGCACAAAUAACCAACGGAGAAGGUGUCUGGUAUGUUAACGUAACAUAUUAUGGUAAGAGUCAUUCAAAAAAUUAUAACAUAUAAAACAUGCUAUACGUUUACCAAGCAAUCUGUCACUUCUAAUCGAUAAACCCCAUGAAAUCUUCUUCCUCGAUGUCGCUUCUAAACAACUCUGCCAACUCUAAAGGUAUGCGCCGCUUCCUGUUGUCGUUUUCUGCUGCAUAUUUCACUACGUCCAGCUUGUAAUCUGCAGUACAUGAUUUCCUUUUCGGUCCAAUUUUCUUUCAGCCAUUCUCGGUUUUUACAAGUUACCGCCAACAAUGAAAUGAUCCACCUGAAUAGCUACGGCAGUAGCGUAUAGCAUAUAGCAGUUAGCAUUCCAUGACCCACAAUGCACUUCUGCCAUGACCCUCCCCCGCCGAAUUCUUAUUGGUUGACGUGUAUGUGACGAUUGCUGACAUUUUCUUCGUCUCUUCCGCGAAUGAGAUAAAUAAUAUUAUUUUAUAUUUUACGGUAAUGUGUUAAUAAUUUCACACAAAAGUCGCUCCGGAGUAUAUGUCGCACCCCCGGCCAAACUAUGAAAAAAACUGUGACUUAUAGUCCGAAAAAUACGCUACUUAAAAAAGUAGUUUUAUACUUGUUGAUGACACAGCUUUGCAACAGUUGAUAUUCCAGUUCCAUGCAUGUUUUACUCAAUAUAGGUCAUACAAUCUCAGCAACAAGCUGUUAUAUCUUACUGAGAUCAUAUACGACCAAAACCCUUAAAAAAAGUAAAACACUAACAUAAAAUCUGCUUAGUGAGAAAAAUUAUCUUAUCAGACAGAAAAUAAACAUAUCACCCUUAUUUGACAUAUUUAAUCUUACUUUUAGUAUUUUCUGUGUGAUCACAUUUGAACCAAGAUGGUACGAAUUCCCUUAACCUGGGAAUUGGUACCGAUACUCAACGGGACCCAUUCUUGGUACUUUUUUGUGUGUUCAAAUAUAUUCAUUGUUUUUGAUGACACAAUCUCAUCUUUUUUUUUUGCAACAUUUAAAAAUGAGCUUAUUAUAAUAACUGCUGUACAUUUUUUUUUUAAACCUUUUUACUACCACAUAUUAUCACAGUGUAAUUUGUGGUCUAAUGUAAACCCUCAAGAAACAGAAGAAUAAGUGAUGAUUACAUUUUAACAGAAGUGUAGAUGGAACAUGUCAACAGAAGAAAGCAAGCAGAUAUUAACAGUAAUAGAACAAGUGGAUUAAUGAUAAAUUUUUUGCCACUUGUCCUUAAUAAUUUUGACAACAUGCAUAUGUCAGCAACUAAAUUAGGAGCCUUUGUUUUCUUGCUUGCUAAUAAAAAAAAAGUUCUCUGGUAUGUUCACUAUUUUAUUUAAGGACAAAAUUGCAAUAAGAAACAUAUUUUUAAUGUACCC